UCUCUCACUUAACUCCUGAGAAAAGCCUGAAAAUCUCUCUCUCUCUCUCUCUCUCUGUAAAAAUUCAACUGCAAAAAAAUUAGGGUUUUCAAAACCCCACGGAGCUCCACUGAAAAAGGCGCGACGGUUCCUUAUCGUGUACCCAGCCGCACCAGAUUUUCCAGGGUUUGAUUUUCAGCAAAGCUUUCAUGUCUUAUGAAUGGAGAUUACUUCCUUUACCCUCUUCUCCUCCUCCCACACCUUCUUUGUAGCCCUCGCUUUCACUCUCCUCUGCCUCUUCCUCUUCCUCGCCGUCCUCACCGUCCGAUCACGCCCCUCGAAACCCAGGCGCUCCCAAUCGGACGGCGGUUCCUCCGACGACGACGACAAAAACGAGAAGCUCUGCAAUUGCUUCUGUCACUCUAACGGCGCCCUUUCCGAUUACUCGGAACCCGUGGACGCGUCGCACUUGAACGGCGGGACGGAGAAGCAGACGGCCGUUACGGAGAUAGAGACGACGGGCGCGUCGAUGAUGGAGCAGUUGGUUCCGGAGAUUACCACCCACGCGCUCAGCUACCUGGACUAUCCGAGCCUCUGUAGGCUUUCGAUGACCAAUUCGCUGAUGCGUAAGGCCGCCAAUGACGAUAAUGCUUGGAAAGCUCUGUACCAUAAGGACUUUACAUCAGAACAGGAUACUGUAACUCCAGUUAAUGGUUGGAAGGCUUACUAUGCUGCUACGAGAGCAGUUGUGAUGGUCAAUGUUCAAUUCUUCAACUUCAUCAGAGAUAGGUCACUUCCUGAAAUGAGUCGUUUAUGGCUGAAUGCAGAUUAUGUGAAGUGUGUUCAUCCCUCAGGAGAAUUCUUUUCAGGGUAUAGUGCUGUAGUACAGAGUUGGCAACUCGCCUUUAAUUGGGAGCAAGGAGUUAACUUUCAGGUUCGGGAUGUGCGUGCUCGUGUUCUGACUGACAUGGCUUGGGUCACCAUGAAAACCUAUGUUGGUGAUCACCUGGAUACCGGUCCAUUCAGUGUGACUAACAUCUUUGAGUUCCAUAAUGGGCGGUGGUCCAUGGUGCAUCAUCACAGCUCUGUGUUGGAUGAGGUAGAACACCAGAAUGCAUAAUCAAAAGGAAAGAAGGAAUACUCCAAUCAUAUACUUAAUACUAGUUCAAAACUGGUGGUAUUUAUUGCACAAGCAAGUGCUUAAACUUUCACUAUCAUUGCCUCCAAGAUCCUUUUAUUAUUUCAACCUCAGUUUUGGUAUUUUUCUGGUUAAGAGGUUAUCUUUCUUUCUUUAUUUCAA